GAUGAUAUACAAGUCCAGUAUCACCCCAACAGUGGGCGCCCUACUCAAGUUUACCACUUCGAGGAUUAUAGAUGUGGCCCUGGUACCCCAGCAGCACCUCCGAAAGUUGAUCCUGAGCCCUGGCGUCCAUUUCGCACUCGUAUUGACUUUGAAGUGGCUGAACUUGCCCAUGAAGCUGCACUAACUCAUGAGCAGACAGACUGGUUCAUCAAACUCAUUCACCGCAGCAGAUGCAAGUUGUUUACGCUUCAGAAUUGUAAAGACGUGCGAGACACAUGGGAUGCAGCCUCGUUCAAAUUGACUCCUUUUAUGAAGGAAGAGGUUGUCGUGCCCUUCCAAGGCGUUGAUCAGACCUUUCCAUUUUUUCAUCGCUCACUAUGGGACUGGGCGGUGGACCUACUUCAAGAUCCUGAAGUUGGUCCACAUUUCGUUUUCGAUGCCCAACAGCUUUCGAAGUUCGAUGGCGACAAAUUCGUUUGGUAUAUUCAUGAGCCUUGGACUGCUAAUGCCUUCUGGGAACAUCAAGUAUGUGGUGCUAUUACUCGUGUUAUGAGUUCAAUGUGUGUCUCGGUAUACUAA